GGCACGCUGUAUUUCGUCUGUAAUUGGCACACAGAAAUAAAAACUAAAUAAAAAUUUGAGCAAUGGGCAAUUUGGAAACCGAUGCCGCUGCUCCCUUCGAGCAGAGCUAUGCCACCACCAAUGGCAAUGGCAAGCCCGCCAACCCCGCCAUGGAGGAAGAGGAGGACCACGAGACGCUGAUGCAGCGCAAGUUCUCAGCGCCGGCAUACACGGAAAUAAAGACGAGAAAGAAUGCUGCCAAGGUUUCGUCCGCCCACAGACUUAAGAACAUCGCCAACGGUGGCUACCAUCCGGCCAAGCAGCUGCAUCUGAAUGGACACGCCAAGACGGCGGUUAGCGACAGAGAGUUCAAGUCUUCACAGGCCGAUGGGGUGCUGUCGCCGGAGCAGGAGCACUAUCAGAAGAGCUCCUUCGAGGAGGUGCCCCUGCACACUGCCUGCCUCACAUACCUGGGCUUCUAUCUGCUCAUGAUACUGGGCUACAUAAAUCAGCUGCUGUUCGUGCCCAAGGUGGCCAAGGAGAAGGGACGCGACGGCUAUGUGGCGCUCUACGAUGCCUUCGAGAGCUUCUAUUCGCGUUAUGUGUAUCGGCGAAUACGUGAUUGCUGGAAUCGGCCGAUUUGCAGUGUGCCCGGCGACGAGCUGACGCUGAAGGAUCGCGUGACGAACGAUUAUGGCUGGAGUUUUAAAUUUACGGGCACGCAAACACGUUGCCUUAAUUUGGGCUCAUACAAUUAUCUGGGCUUUGCCUCUUCAACGGGCACGUGUGCCGAUAAUUCGGAGGCAACGGCACGCCAGCUGGGCCUUGCGUAUUGCAGCUCGCGUUCUGAGCUCGGCGAGACGCAGCUGCUUGCCGACUUGGAGAGGCAAACGGCGCGCUACUUUGGGGUGGAGGAUGCCAUUGUCUUUGGAAUGGGCUUCGCCACAAACGCCCUGAACCUGCCCUCGUUACUCUCGCCCGGUUGUCUGGUGGUCAGCGAUGAGAAGAAUCAUGCCUCCAUUAUUCUGGGACUGCGUCUCUCCGGCGCCACCAUCAAGGUGUUCAAGCACAACAAUAUGCGAGAUCUGGACCGAGUGCUCCGCCAAGCAGUAGUUUACGGCAAUCCGAAGGCCGGUGGCAAACCCUGGAAGAAGAUAAUGAUCAUUGUGGAGGGCGUCUUCAGCAUGGAGGGAUCUAUUGUGCGUCUGCCCGAGGUCAUAGCGCUGAAGAAGAAAUACAAGGCCUACUUGUAUCUGGAUGAGGCGCACAGCGUGGGUGCGAUGGGACCGAAUGGCGGCGGUGUGACGGACUACUUUAGGGCGGAUGCCAAGGAUGUGGACAUACUAAUGGGUACAUUCACGAAGAGUUUUGGUAGUGCCGGUGGCUACAUAGCCGGCUCUAAGAAACUGAUUGACUUCCUGCGCGCCAACAGCCACGCCCACUGCUAUGCCAGCUCUAUUUCACCGCCCAUAGCGCAACAAAUCUACACUUCGAUGCGCAUCAUCAUGGGCGAGGAUGGCACAGACAUUGGUCGUCAGAAGAUUAAUCAGUUGGCUCGGAACGCGCGCUACUUCCGCAAGCGCUUGGCACAGAUUGGAGUGAUCACCUACGGCCAUGAGGACUCCCCAGUGGUGCCCAUGCUGGUCUAUUUGUUCUCCAAAAUUGGUGCCGUGGUGCGUACCUUGACAACUCGCCAUAUCGCUGUGGUGGGCGCCGGCUUUCCUGCCACGCCCAUUAUGGAGGGUCGCAUUCGAUUCUGUCUAUCGGCGGCGCACACUAAGGAGCAGCUCGACUACGCGCUCGAUGUUAUCGAUGAGAUAAGCGAUGAUUUUGGCUUGAAGUAUUCACGCAAACCCAAGGAUCUAAAUCCUAUCGAGUACUAGGGAACCCACAACAAUGCCUACACACACACACGCACAUACACAUAGAGCAUAGCUUUCUUCGAAGGUUAACAAGCAAACUGUGCGGCCCAUAUUUACGAAGAAAUGUGGUGCAUUGUUUGCUUAAAAUGUAUUUCCACUAAUUAAUUUAUUGAUGUACAAUUGGCCGAGCGCCUCGAGUCGUAAAUGUCGUAUUUUAGAGCUAAUACCUCAAUUUAUUAACUAAUCUUAAGCGUCGACCACAAAGUGAAUAUAAGAAUGAACAGUAAGCGGGGAGCUCUGCAAAUAACAACAAACAAACAAAUGCCUUCUCAGUUACGAGCUGUUGAGUUUGGAGUCUGUGUGUUCUACCAAAGCAACAACUACAAUCACCCCAACAAGUUACAGAAUAUUAUUAGAAUCUAAGCAUUUAUUUAAGUACUUCUUAGUGCAUAUUAUAAUGGAUAGUAUGAAGCAACGGUUUCUUGAAUUCCAAUUCCAACUAACCUUUAAAGAACUGUAAAUUUAGGAAUAGUUUUGAUUGCCUAUUUUGUCAUAUCAAUCACCAACUAUUACGUGACUAAAAGCGAACGAUAAAGUCGCAAUGAAUUAUAUUUUUAAAACAAUAAAAAUGUAGAAAAUA